GUAGUUAUCACUCCAACUAGAAUCAUUUAUGUUUUGCCGGAAACACUGAUGGCCAGUAGGGUGUUACGGCAUUACGAUCAUGACGGGACUAGAAUUCUGCGUGUUACGUUUAGAGAUGAUGACAAUCAACCGAUGCGUGUAGUCAAAACCUCAGAAGCUUUGAUGAGAUCAACAUUGCGGGAGAGGAUGAUCAAAGGGAUUGUUGUGGCAGGUAGACAUUUUGGGUAUCUGGGAAAUUCGAAUUCCCAAAUGCGUGAUGGAGGAGCCUACUUUAUGGAGAAAUACUCGCGUCGUUCGUUCUUGGAGUAUAUAAAUGAGCACAAAAAAGCCCCCGAUGUUACUUGGCAGCCGAAGAUUGUCAGCGUGCGGCGUGACUUAGGAGAUGAAAGCUACACAUUCAGCGAUGGUGUGGGUAUGAUAAGCAAGGCAUUUGCAAAACAAAUUGCAGAAGACAUGAUGCUGAAGGAUUGCUUGCCGAGUUGCUUUCAGUUCCGUUUUCGUGGUUUGAAAGGCGUUAUGGCGGUUAAUCCAAUGUUAGAUGAAAUAGCACUGUGGGCAAGUGAAAAUGGUAUUCGUCAUAAGCCUGAUAUGUUUGACUGUUGCAGCUGGCUUGUAAAGAUGGUUUUUCGUCGCAGUCAGAUCAAGUAG